AAUCAUUGAUCAAAUAAGAAAGAAGAUUAGUUGUAACUCACCAUCAUCACAUGACAUAGGAAGGAUUGUUGUAUGUCUUUGUCAAGCUUGUAAAUUAUUCCAAUGAUACUUUUUCGACAAAUUAACCUCACGUGAUUUUUGGGGCCUUCAUUAAUUAAUUCACCCACGUUGUUUUUUUCCACGCUCAAAACUACCAUAAAAAGCAAAGCAUCUCAAUCUUCCACACACACUCACUUCCCUUCCCAGUUACAGAGAAGCAAGCAAAUCCUAAAAAUCAACAACCCAACAGUCCUCACAAAUUAAACUCUAUUUCCUCCUCUCUCAAAUUUCAGGAAAAACAUAAAACCCUAAAUAGGGACAACUGUCGAUGGAGUCGAUGGACACGAAACAAUCCGAAUCUAGGUCGACAACCCGCGUCCAUGUGACAGCCCUAGACGGCCUCGUCAAUGUCAACUCUCUCUUCACCUUCGCCGUCUUCGUCGGUCUCUCUCUCACCACGCCGGGCACCCAACGGAGCCUCGAGGACCGAGUGGACUGCCACGCAGACGUUGCCGUCGCCAAGAGGCUCCUCGUGUUCGAGGUUUUUUCGUUCAGCUUCUUCCUCUUCUCCUCCCUUGUCGCGCAGGGUCUCAAACUGGCCAUCAAUCUGUUGAACAGCAAGGUAGAGCUUGCGGCUAAGGCAGACAUUAACAAAACUGGCCUCAGAGUUGGGAUGUUGUUUUCGGCCUUUGGAUCGGUCAUGGGUUGCGUGUUCUUGAUGCUUUCGAUGAUCAAUGUGAUCCAGAUUCGGUUGGGGACGUUGUCUUGUGGGUGCAAAUCAACAAUUCUUGCAGUCGCCGUGAUGGUUAUACUGGUUACAAUUGCACUUUUGGUGUAUAUAUCCACUGUUGUAUAUACUUUUAUGACAAAUAUACCAGUGGAAGAGAAGCGCACCCACUAGAUACGCGCUUGCUUAUGGAAGAUUUGGUCUUUGUAUCUUAUUGAAUGUUCAAAAUGUAAAAUGUACUUUCUGUAAAAUGUAAAAUAUACCUUCCGCAAUGUAAAAUAUACCUUAUUGAAUGUAAAAUUUAAGUGAAAACAAAAACCCAUGAGCUAGUCUGCAUUGUACCUUACCCUGCGAUAUACCCAUUUCAAAGAUUGCACUAUGUUGAUCAUCAAACCCCAGGGGAAGGAAUUAUUGAAAUAUUUAUUAUAUAUAUAUAUAUAUAUAUAUAUAUGUAUUAUAUUAAUAUAUAUUUCAAUAUUGCACUCCAA